ACUUAGAGCUGGAAUAAUGGCGGCGGUUUGAUGGUUUUUUUGUGCGUUGUUUCCUUUCACCUCAGGAGAAGCCGAACGAGAGAGAGACAAAAACCGAGGGGUAGAGACGCUUCCGACUCGGCGGAUUGAAGAAAAGAGCGGGGGUUUGCGGAGUAUGGUGUUUUUGUGAACAACUGGCUUGGUUCUUAUCUUAGAAUAACAGAACAAUAAUCAAUAGUAAUAGAUAGGAAAUAUCGGAGCCCGCCCGCAUCGCUUUUUAAAAAAAUUAAAUUUUCUCUGCCGCCCGCCCGCUACUCACCUCAAUGGCCGGCCUGAGGGUGAUCAUGAGUGGAGUGAGGGAGAAGCUGGAGGCGGUGCUGAACGUGGCCCUGCGGGUGCCCAGCAUCAUGGUGCUGGAGAUGCUGUACCGGUGGGACGUGAGCUCCUUCUUCCAGCAGAUCCAGGCCCGGAAUAACAACAACCUGCUCUUCCAGUACAAAUACCUGGCUCUCAAUCUGCAUUAUGUCGGUUAUAUAAUAAGCCUCGUUCUCCUCACAUUGCCUCGUCAACACUUGGUCCAGCUAUAUCUGUAUGUUUUGACUGCGCUACUUUUGUAUGCUGGGCACCAAAUUUCUAGGGACUUUGUGAGGAGUGAGAUAGAAUUCGGCCACGAUGGACCUGUGUAUGAGGAACCUUUAUCUUUGAACCGCUUCACUACAGCUUUGAUCGGGCAGUUGGUGGUGUGCACACUUUGCUCCUUUGUCAUGAAGACUAAACAGAUCUGGCUAUUUUCUGCCCAUCUGCUCCCUUUACUGGCACGGUUCUGCAUGGUUCCUGUGGAAAUGCUCGUAAUUAUCAACAGGUUUGCCAUGAUUUUCACGGCACUGGAAGUGCUUUAUUUCCUGGCCUCUAACCUGUUAGUACCAUACAAGCUGGCCAAAUCAGCAUACAGGGAACUGGUGCAGGUAGUGGAAGUUUAUGGGCUGUUGGCAUUGGGAAUGUCUCUCUGGAAUCAGUUGGUUGUUCCUGUGCUGUUCAUGGUUUUCUGGCUGGUCCUGUUUGCUCUACAGAUAUACUCUUACUUCAGUACACGUGAUCACCCCACAUCUCGUGAGAGACUGCUCUUCCUCUUUCUUACAAGUAUUGCUGAAUGUUGCAGCACUCCUUAUUCUUUGCUCGGUCUCAUGUUCACAAUCUCCUUCAUUACCCUGGGUGUUCUGACACUUUGCAAGUUCUACCUUCAAGGUUAUGGAGCUUUCAUGAACGACAAUCUCAUGCAUAGAGGUAUGACUGAAGGUAUCACAUUGCUGAUUCUGGCAGUACAGACCGGCCUGAUUGAAUUACAGGUUGUGCAUCGAGCUUUUCUGCUGAGCAUCAUUCUCUUUAUCGUGGUAGCUUCCAUCCUUCAGUCAAUGUUAGAAAUUGCUGACCCUAUUGUUCUUGCACUUGGAGCGUCAAGAAACAAGAGUUUGUGGAAGCACUUUCGAGCAGUCAGUCUGUGUUUGUUCUUGUUGGUGUUUCCAGCCUACAUGGCCUACAUGAUUUCUCAGUUUUUCCAGAUGGACUUUUGGCUACUCAUCAUUAUCUCCAGCAGUGUUCUGACAUCCUUGCAGGUGCUUGGAACACUCUUCAUUUAUAUCCUUUUUAUGGUGGAGGAAUUCAGUAAAGAACCAAUGGAAAAUCUUGACGACGUGAUCUACUAUGUGAAUGGCACAUAUCGCUUGCUUGAAUUCCUGGUGGCUUUGUGUGUUGUUGGAUAUGGUGUAGCAGAGACAAUAUUAGGAGAGUGGACUUGGAUGGGUUCAUCCAUCAUCUUUGUCCAUUCCUACUUCAAUGUCUGGCUUCGAGCACAGUUGGGAUGGAAGAGCUUUCUUCUCCGCAGGGAUGCGGCAAAUAAGAUCAACUCGCUGCCAACUGCCACUAAAGAGCAGCUUGAAGAGCACAAUGACAUUUGUUCCAUCUGUUACCAGGACAUGCAUUCAGCAGUGAUUACACCAUGCAGCCAUUUCUUUCACUCGGCCUGUCUCAAGAAGUGGCUAUAUGUGCAGGAAACAUGUCCAUUAUGCCACCAGCAGCUGAAAUCUCAAGGACAGCAGGUUGGGGCAACACCAGUGCAAGGACCAGGAGAGCAAUUGCCCCAAAAUGAGAGAAGACCAAUGCAAGAAUUGGCAGGACAAAAGGAUGGGCCUCCUGGUAAUGAUUCAGAUCUAGCUCUCGGUUCUGAAGAUGGCCCUGCAGGGCAAAAUGAAGAGGGCCAGAAAGCUCUCAACACUGAUUGCAGUUCUCAUGGAGACCCAGGCACAGGUGAACAUCCAUGUGCACAAAAUGGCUCUAAUAUUGGCAAAAUUGAGUUUCCACAUCCAGCUGAACUUUGUGAGGAUGAAUAUCAACAAUUGUCUGCUCCACAGGAGAGUUUCGAUAAACAAUGCAUGGCGGUGUUAAGUGCCCAUGGAAGGGAAUUGAUUGAAGCAGAUUGUCACCUUAACCUGCCAUGAUACUGCAGCGAUGUUAAAGCCUUAAAAUAAUGUAGGCAAUGGCUUCAUAUUUGAACUUGACAGCUUAAACAGGAAGUGAAUUGAAAUGUAUUUACAGAGAAACAGAAUGUAAUGUUCUCACAAGCAGGUCUGGAGACAUUUUGUAAGAAGGGAUUGAGUGAAUUUGUUGCCACAUCAUCUCUACAGUAUUAGACACAGCCAUGGCAAGACAGGGAGGAUGUUUUUGCUAGAUGUUUUGUAGGCAUGAAAUAAUUAGAUUGACUGAUGUAUUAUAUUUAUAUAUAAUUAGAAGCUUUAAGCAUGGUUAGAGUCACAUGCUACAAGCAGACUUUUUAAAAAAAACAAAUUAAAAAUUUUUGUAGCUCUAUAUUCAGCAACUGUGAUUGCACUGUCAUAGUUUAUAGUGCAUUUCCAAAGUAUUUAAUGAGUACCUGAUGAAUGGUGCGUGAAUAACUUUGGCUUGUACUUGCCUGCUCGAUGAAGUAGACUGGAGCUUUUAUGAACACUUUGUGAUUCCUUUCAAAUUUUUGAAGGGUCAUAAGUGGGAUGAACUACAGGAUACAGAUAAGAGCAGAGUUGCACGAUGAAUAUGGCACGUUUGACUUCUGAAACCUGAGGGGUACAGUGUUAUUUUUAAGUUGACAGUUAUGAUUUGUGGAAAUGAUUACAUUAACUUGUAUGAUGAAACAAAGCAAAAGAAAAAAGCCAUUUUGUAGCUCUGAUAGAUUUUGCACAAUUUUCUUUUUGGGAGGAGGGAAGAUAUUGGUGACAUAUUUUCUUAAUUCAUCAUGGCUUAUGUAGGUAGGCUCUCAUUUAAUAUUACUUUACUAUGUGCAUUUGAACAGAAAAGGGAAACUCGCUUUUUUGCAUCGAGUGAACCAGAGAAUUGAGAGUCUUACUCUGUAGCUUUCAAAAAUUGUGAACAAUUUCCAAACAACCAGGCUGGCAUUGAAUAAUAAAUAUGAGAUCAUGGAUAGAAUCAUUCUGACACAAUUUCUCUGGGGUUUUAUUUUGAGAAUGUGUAUGUCUGAAUAAAUAUGUCAAGGUCA